AUGAGCAUGCCAAACGAUGGGCGUGAAUGGGAGCCGUGGCUAUGGCUUCCUGAUCAUUCUGCUGUAGACAGCCACCAAGAAAUAUAUAACACCAUCUCUGCCGACUAUAGCGACCGGCGAGUAUCAGGAUUGCUGGCAACCAUAGAGCUCAGGCUUGCUGAGGUGUUCUUAUACUUCGACGAUGUUGCUGCAGACCCUCGCAUAGUCUCUGCCAUACGCUCGGAACUCAACUUUCUACGCGCCGUUCUCGGCGAGGUUCGCCUUGGAAGUCACGAACUUCCUCCGUCGUCCGCUUUUCUCCAACGCCUUCAGGACGCCGUAGAUGGAGGCGAUUGGACUUUCCGCGUCGAUAUAUUGGCGGAGGCGAAGAGCGUCACGGUCCGUCAAGACUCCCGCUCUUUGCUUGAUCAGGAGCCGUAUUCGUUCCCUCUAUGGUGGACGACGUUACCGAGGGAAGUGUCACGCAUCCAGGCAGACUGGCUCGGCUUUGACCUCGCGGAUGUUGUCAUCGCCCUAUCAUUCGCUUCCGUCGCACCUCCAGAGUCUCUUCCGCCCGUGUCCGACGGGCUCGCAAGUCUGGACACUGAACUCGAGCGGCUCGCCAACGAUUUUCAGCCUCUGAUAAACCGAAUGGCUGAGAUGGAGGAUGCGGUAGCGAAGGGAGUUGAGGACCAAUUACGAUCACACCGCGCACGAUAG